AUGGCGUCCAAGUAUGCGAAGCCAAUGGAAAUCCCUGCCAAUUUCCCUGACGUCCUGAGGAAUUUCACUCGUGAGGUGCUGCGGCAGCAAGGCAAAGUGGAAACGAAAGAGGCCAUCUACGCUUUUGGAUCGCAAUAUUUCAAGGAUUUACUUACGAAGCAAAGCGGGGCGAGUAAAGCAGUUGGCGAUGCCACCGUGAAUGCUUUGAUUCCGGCGUAUAUCAAGAUGGGAGAAGAUACAAUCAAGGAAUUUGUAGUCACUGCGCUCAAUGAGGCUCAGCAGGACGGAGGCAUGAUCGCCCAUGAACAAUUCAAACAGAUAUUAGAUGGAGUUGGCGAGCAGCUACAGAUCUCUCACAUUGAGCUAAAAGCGCUUUAUGCUGAGGCGGAUGAGAACGAGGGGGGCGUUAUCAGCUGUACAGAUUUCCUGCCACUAGGUAUCCAGGCGUUGAUGCAACUUCGUUCAACUCAUACACAACGACUGGCACGUAUCGCGUCGUUCAGCAAGCGCGAAAUGGAAUUUUUCUUGCACGGUAUGAUGCAGGACGAGAUGGAAAGCAUUUUGCGCGAGACUUUCCAGCGCGCAGACAAGGAUGAAGUCGGUGCGUUAACUCGACUGGCGUUUAUGGACGCUCUUCGAGAUGCCGACCUCGGUCUCACACGCAGGGAGGUGAACAUCCUCAUGUCUGAAGCCUCGCCAGCCGAGGAUGACACGAACAUCGUAGUUUAUCCAGAUUUCGUUCCCAUUUGCUUCCCCUUGCUAAAGGAUACCUACGUCCAGGGAAUCUUAGAAGCACACAGCAAUCCAGACUGGAUUACUCAAUACCUCACGGAAGUAUUCGCGAGUGGAGAUAGUGAGAAUACAGGUCUCCUCACAGUUGCUGAGAUCGCUCGCCUAUUUCGUGCUGCCGAUAUUGGGCUUACCAGACUUCAGAUUAUUGCUGUGAUGGCAGAAGCCCAAGAAGACAACACAGGCUUCGUAAACUAUGAAAAGUUUGCAGCUCAGGUCUCUGGAAUGGUGCUAGCACUUACCAAUGUCGACAGUCAACAACCGUACGCUGCGUACUUGCAGAAAUAUCGAAAGACGAGUGAGUACUACUCAGUGCUGGAUAUGAACCAACACACGUUCGAGCAAGCACUUUCACACGCACUAGAGGCAGUCGAUGAUAACCACCGCGGGGUUCUCGUCCGUGAUGAAGUUAUUGCAGCUACUAGGAGCGCCUUCCCCGAGAUCACUGACCGCCAAUUGCGCUCGCUAUUGGCACUGUCAGAACCGGACGAGAUGGGAGAAAUCGACUACAACCUCAUCACUCAUUCCGCUUUCCAAGCGCUGCAGAAACUCCAGGAGUACGACAUGAUGAUAGCUGAGUCGUAGGUAUUCAGACUGCAGCGUAUGUGCCAGAACACGGGUCGGCAAAUGACCUUACUUGUCACUAAUCCACAAUACAUAUUCUAUCUAUCCAGACUCCCAUCUAGUUGGAGUCAAGACUAACCGAUGCCGA